AUGGAGAGGUACGAGUCCCUGGGGUUGGUGGGCGAGGGCAGUUACGGCGCCGUGCUGAAGUGUCGUCACCGAGAGAGCGGCCGCCUCGUCGCCAUCAAGAAGUUUCUGGAUUCGGACGAAGAUAAAACGGUGAAGAAGAUCGCCCAGAGGGAGGUGCGCCUGCUGCGGCACCUGCGUCAUGAUAACCUGGUGAGUCUUGUGGACGUCUGGAAGCGCCGCAGACGUUGGUUUCUCGUCUUUGAGUUUGUGGAAAAAACUCUUCUGGACGAACUGGAACAAAACCCACAGGGACUGGACCUGCUCACCUGUCGACAACACCUGUACCAGAUCCUCCGAGCCACGGCCCACUGCCACCAACACAACGUGAUCCACCGCGACAUCAAGCCCGAGAACAUCCUCAUUUCUCAGGGGGGCGUGGUCAAACUGUGCGACUUCGGCUUCGCUCGCACCGUGGCGGCGUCGGAGGGCGGAGCUUACACCGACUACGUGGCCACGCGCUGGUACCGCCCCCCCGAGCUGCUGGUGGGAGACACGCACUACGGAAAGCCGGUGGACGUUUGGGCCGUGGGCUGUUUGCUGUUGGAGAUGCUCACCAGUCGGCCCCUGUUCCCCGGAGAGUCGGACCUGGACCAGAUCCACCACAUCGUGCGCUGCUUCGGGGCCCUGACCUCUCACCAUCAGGAGUUGUUCCAGUCGAACCCUCUGUUCUCUGGAGUGCGUCUGCCUCAGUGCUCUGGACCAAUCACGUUACAGCAGCGCUUCCCGUCCCUCCCCCCCGCCGCGCUCCGCCUCGCCCAGAGUUGCCUCCAGAUGGCGCCGGAGCAGAGACCUGAGUGUUCAGAGCUGCUCGAGCACGAAUUCUUCACCCACGACUCCUUCAACAUCAGGUUUUCAGACGAACUAAACGCAAAGAUCCAAAAGGACCACAGGGAGAACUCCACUCUGCCUAAAAUCCCCAAAAGCACCACGAGACCCACCAAAGAGGAGCCGGAGGAGAAGGAGCGGAAACACCACAAACUCCCCGAGAACCUGGACGAGAAAACCAGAACCAGAAAGGAACAAGACAAGACAACGAACGAAGACAAGACGAGAGCCGCGAGGCAGGCCAAGCUCCCCAAAGCCAAUCUGACCGCGCCGGAGACCACCAAACCCACGAAGACCCCAGGAACCAAGGAGAACGCCCCGAAGAACACAGCUCCCGUCAAAACUAAAGCUCCAAAACCCAACGACGCACAAGAUCCAACAAAGACUUCCACCAACAACCCCAGUGUGAAAGCUAAAGCGAGCCGAGCGCCUUCGCCGGACCCCAAACACGACAAAGAGCCUAAAGUGAGUCUGAAGAACCCUAAACCAUCUCACUCCGAGCAGAGCCAGAGGUUUGUGAAGAAGAAACCUGAGCCUCAGAACCUAAACGCCAGGUACGACCCGGAGAGAAGCCGUUCACCGCUGGUCACGCCUCAAACUGCGAAAAGAACCGGAGACACACGAGAAGAAGCUCCGACGAACAGUAACGAGGACAGGAUCUCCAAGUCGAGUCAGACGCUGGAGAGCUGUAUGACAAAACACCCAAGUGUGUCCGAGAACAUCACCAAACCGAAGCUCAACCAAAGUCUGGAGGCUUCCGCUUCAAAACAGGGCACCAGCGUGGACUUCAGGAGCUUCAGAGUGAUGGCUCCGUCUCACAGUCCGUCCAAGUUCACGCUGCAGACGCUUCCACAGCCGAGCACGCUUCCCAAAGCCUCCAGAAACACCCCAGACGCCUCGAACGCUCACCGUCUGAGGAUAAAAGCUCUAAUCAGUAACUUUCCUCUGGAGCGAGCGCCAAGUGGAGCGUUCAACAGCGGGAAGGUUUUCGCUAAAGGUCCGACGAGGGAGGAGGCACCAACAGAAGCUUCAGACGCUCGGAACAAAGAUCUGAACCCAGGAUCUUCAUCUGACGUCCCCGAUCCAACCGCCACACGGCCCGACAAACGGUUAAACAUGAGUGAAACCGAAAGCGGAGCUGCGGUGGACCACGGCGGCCACUGGUGGAGGAGUGAAGGACUGCAGGCUCUUCAGCUCACAAAGAGAGGGAUUCUGGGAGGUGUAGUCCGCUCCGGCUCAACUCUGACCCCAACGAGACCAGGACCCAGACCAGGACCCAGACCAGGACCCAGACCAGGUCCCAAACCUGGUCCCAAACCUGUCCCAAACCUGGUCCCAAACCUGGUCCCAAACCUGGUCCCAAACCUGGCCGUGGAUGAGUUGGACCUGUGGGACUCUGAGGACCUGUUCUCCUGCUCCCCACCUCCUCCCCCCCCUCCCUCCUCCACGCCCCUGCUGCUCCUGGCCCCGCCCACUCCGGUGAACCCGCCCCGAGGAGACGGCGCCCCCCACAGCCCGCUGAGGUCAACGCUCGGACCGCGAGGCGCCGAGGAGGGUUUGGACCUGAGAGACCAGAGGGACCAGAGGUACUACAGAGACCAGAGGGACCAGAAGGACCAGAGGGACCUGAGGCACAGUGUCCAGAGCCACAGGCCUUGA